AUGCUGCAUCACGGUGCUGUUGCUGUUUCCUCCCAGCUGAAGUUCAGUGAAUCUCAGAGCUGCCUUGCCUGUGCUUCUGCUGUCGUCCUGAAGGGUCGCAGUUGGAUUGUGAAGCGCAGCUAUGAGGAUUUCCGCGUGCUGGACAAGCACUUGCAUCUCUGCAUCUACGACCGACGCUUCUCACAGCUGCCCGAGCUACCGCGACUGGACAGUCUGACCGACCAGUCCGAGGCAAGUUUACCUCCCUGUGUGAGUAGAGUGGUGUUCAGGGAAAAGCAAAGCAUUCAGAGUUUCAUAAGAAUCACAUUCUCUCUCCUUCUAAAAGCAGAAACCAACACAAAUUCAGUUUCCCAGAUGCUGUUGGCUUAUCUCUCGCGGCUCUCGGCUAUUGCUGACAACAAGAUAAACUGCGGGCCUGCCCUCACAUGGAUGGAGGUUGACAACAAGGGGAAUCACCUUCUGGUCCACGAAGAGUCUUCCAUCAACGUGCCAGCCAUCGCCGCCGCCCAUGUCAUAAAGCGCUACAUUGCACAGGCUUCAGACGAGCUGUCGUUUGAGGUUGGUGAUAUUGUGUCUGUGAUAGAUAUGCCCCCUAAAGAAGACACCACGUGGUGGAGGGGCAAGCAUGGCUUUCAGUGCUUCUGGGCAGAUUACUGGGUGCACCUGUCUCCCCUGUGA